CUCGCACAACUCCAAGCGCCACUACCACGACGCCUUCGUGUGCAUGAACCGCAUGCGGCAGCGCGGGCUGCUCUGCGACAUCGUCCUGCACGUGGCCACCAAGGAGAUCAAGGCCCACAAGAUGAGAUGAGUGAGAGCCGCCAGACCCACGUCACCCUGCACGACAUCGACCCGCAGGCGCUGGAGCAGCUGGUGCAGUACGCCUACACGGCCGAGAUCGUGGUGGGAGAGGGGAACGUGCAGACCCUUCUCCCCGCUGCCAGCCUGCUUCAGCUCAAUGGUGUGCGGGACGCCUGCUGCAAGUUCCUGCUCAGCCAGCUCGACCCCUCCAACUGCCUGGGCAUCCGGGGCUUUGCUGACACCCACUCCUGCAGCGACCUCCUCAAGUCUGCCCACAAGUACGUCCUGCAGCACUUCGUGGAGGUGUCCAAGACAGAGGAGUUCAUGCUGCUGCCCCUCAAACAGGUGCUGGACCUCAUUUCCAGCGACAGCCUCAACGUGCCCUCGGAGGAGGAGGUGUACAGGGCUGUGCUCAGCUGGGUCAAACACGACGUGGACAGCAGGAGACAGCACGUGCCCAGGCUCAUGAAGUGCGUGCGGCUGCCGCUGCUGAGCCGCGAUUUCCUCAUGAGCAACGUGGACACGGAGCUGCUGGUGCGGCACCACUCGGAGUGCAAGGACCUGCUGAUCGAGGCCCUCAAGUACCACCUGAUGCCCGAGCAGAGAGGGGUCCUGGGCAACAGCCGCACGCGCCCGCGGCGCUGCGAGGGGGCCAGCACCGUGCUCUUCGCCGUGGGCGGAGGGAGCCUCUUUGCCAUCCACGGUGACUGCGAGGCGUACGACACGCGCACGGACCGCUGGCACAUGGUGGCCUCCAUGUCCACGCGCCGGGCCCGCGUCGGCGUGGCCGCCAUCGGGAACAAGCUCUACGCCGUGGGCGGCUACGAUGGCACCUCUGACCUGGCCACGGUGGAGUCCUACGACCCUGUCACCAACUCGUGGCAGCCCGAGGUGUCCAUGGGCACCAGGAGGAGCUGCCUGGGCGUGGCAGCCCUGCACGGGCUCCUCUACGCUGCCGGGGGCUACGACGGGGCCUCGUGCCUCAACAGCGCCGAGCGCUACGACCCCCUGACGGGCACCUGGACCUCCAUCGCCGCCAUGAGCACCCGCCGGCGCUACGUCCGCGUGGCCACGCUAGAAGGCAACCUCUAUGCAGUCGGGGGCUACGACAGCUCGUCGCACCUGGCCACGGUGGAGAAGUACGAGCCCCAGAUCAACACCUGGAGCCCCAUUGCCAACAUGCUGAGCCGCCGCAGCAGCGCGGGCGUGGCCGUGCUCGAGGGGAUGCUCUACGUGGCCGGGGGCAACGAUGGCACCAGCUGCCUUAACUCCGUGGAGCGCUACAACCCCAAAUCCAACACCUGGGAGAGCGUGGCCCCCAUGAACAUCCGCAGGAGCACCCACGACCUGGUGGCCAUGGACGGGUGGCUUUACGCCGUGGGGGGCAACGACGGCAGCUCCAGCCUCAACUCCAUCGAGAAGUACAACCCUCGCACCAACAAGUGGGUGGCGGCCUCGUGCAUGUUCACCCGCCGCAGCAGCGUCGGCGUGGCCGUGCUGGAGCUCCUCAACUUCCCCCCGCCCUCCUCGCCCACCCUCUCCGUGUCCUCCACCAGCCUCUGACCCCGGCCCACCCGUGCCACCCGCCGGUGGUGACACCAGCCCGGCCCUCCUGGGGGCUCUCUGGGGACACCAGGGCCACCCAGCUGUGCUUCCAGGGCCAGGAGGGUGAGCAGAGGGGGUGUCCCUGUGGCCAGACUCAUCCAGCGCCCCCCAAAAAGCUGCUCUGGGCUUUGGGGGGGUCACCUGAACCAUUGCUGCUUGUGGGAUUGCCGUGCUCCCGCCGCGCCACCGGGCACUGCCAGCCCUGGGGACACGGCCGGCGUGCCAGCCCCGCUCCUCCGAAUGUCACUGUAGCCAAACCAAGCCUGUGUGCCCUGUCCUGGGGCUCCGAGGGCGUCUCUGAUGCCUUAAACACACCACGAGGAGGGGCACGGCCCUGGGCGAGCCCCCCAGAGCUGCCCUCACCCACCGAGGGGCCAGCUGAGCGUGGCUCUGGCCGGUGGCCGGCCGGGCAGGUGGCCUGAGUGGCCUUGGUGGCCCUGGGGGCCUUGGUGGCAUUCCCAGGCUCCAGGGCUGGGACUCUGCACGUGGGCACAGCCCGGCCCCUUCGCUGCUCCCCUCUCUGCAAAGCAGACCUGGGUCUGUGGAAAGGAAUCAGUUCUUGGAAAAAAAAAAGAAACAAAAAGGACAGUCCAGCCUUCUGAACGAGGAGGAUUGCAGGAUCGCCUGGCAUUACUGUUUGGGAUAUAUAUAUUUUUUUUUUAUUUGCCUUUUUUU